UACAAAGCCCUAUUGCCAAUCAAAACCUGAAAAAUAGCAGACGCAAUAAAGAAAAAACGCAGCUGGUUUUUUCCAUUGAAAAACACCUUUGAAAACAUCUAAAAAUCGAAAGAAAAUACCAUAACGAACGAAAAAACAUCGCAGCAAACGACGGCAAUAAAAAUUAAAGGCACAAUUAUUUUACAUCAUCUUGAAUAAUGGACUCAGUUUUGAGUUCCGGAGGUUCUAAUUCCUCCGGAGAUAGUAUUGGAGGCAUAAGUAAUGGUGGGCGCAAUAAUGGCAGAAAUAACAAUAAACUGCAACGUGUUGGUGAUUCGACACAAGGAUCACAUAGUGAGGUUAAUGCCGAAGUUAAGAAACUUUAUCAACAACUUUAUGUUGUAGUAAAACAAUUGGACGAGGAAAAGAAACAGAUCUCUGGAAUAUCUGAACUUUUCCAAAAUGAUUUGGAACAAAAGCGGUCACAAAUCGUGCAACUGUGUAUACAGAUUAUCUUCAAGGAUUAUCAGUCGGUGGGCAAGAGGGCACGUGAAAUUAUGUGGCGUAAAGGAUAUUAUGAAUUUAUAGCAUAUGUCAAGAAGAACUGGGCCAAAGAGCUAAAGGAUCAAUCACAGCCGGGCGCACAGGAGAACAUACAAAAAAUUGAACGAUUUCUUUGUGCUGGCAUUUUGAAUUAUAAACGUAUUGCCGCAAAAAUGGAGGAAAUCUAUGAUUUGGAUUUGAAAUAUUUAAUUGAUUUUACCAUCAUAAGUGAUGCCUACUUGAAGGAGAUAAAAGACAAAGAUAAACAAGGUGGCGCCAAGGGUGAUGGCUGCUGUUUGGAUGUUGAUGACAUCAAUAAUUAUGCGGUUGAUAAAAGUUUGGAUGCCAUAUCUUUUGCAUUGGAUAGCAUUCAUUCAUCUUUGCUAAGUUUGGGUGACUUACAUCGUUACUUCCUGGAUUUCCGUAUCGACACAAAAUUGAAAAUCACCAAACAAUUGGCAGCCAAAUACUAUUUUGAAGCCUUUAAGCUAAAUCCGGCCAUUGGUAUGGCACAAAACCAACUGGGCACUCUGUAUUAUGGCCAAAAUUAUGAUUUAGAUUCCAUUUAUCAUUAUCUGUAUUCAUUGGUAAGCUUGAUACCAUUUGAGCUAAGCGAAAACAAUGUAUGCAAACUAUUUGCUGCCCAUGCUGACUAUCUGACAAAAAUGGAUCCGGAUAAAAUUGAAUUCAGCUUGCAAGAUUUCUAUGCCCGUUUCUAUUUAAUUGUGGACAUAUUCUUUUUCGACAAGGAAGUUCCCGAUUUCAAUUCCUUGUGUCAUUGUGUUUUGGUGGAUUUACGCAAAAUUUUGUGUUCGAAAACAUUUAAUGUCAACGAUUCGAGUAUAUUUAAGAUUGUAUCAAUUCUCUUCUUCUGUUUGUCCAAAUUAAAGAUGAUUAAUUCUCAAAAAGUUUAUUCAUUGAAUGCCUUUUUGGUUGCUGUUUGCUCGGAUCUAAUGGACGCGUGUAUUGUUAGUUUGGAACAAACCAUAUUGGCCAAAACAACGGAAAAUGAACAAUUCCAUGUCAUGUAUGCCAAGAAAUUUGAGGAAUUCGAUAUGAUGGUACGCAAAUCACGUAAUGAAUAUAAGAACUGGCUGUCUACCAUAGGAGAAGCGGAACGCAAAGAAAAGAAACAAAAUCAAACGCUAUCACAAAAGGAUUUCUCUUCGGAUUCUAGAGAAUCGCAAAGAUCCCAUGAUGACUAUAUCUGCAAAACGCAAGAUAGCAAUAAAACUUCAAAGGAUGAUAAUAAAAAUGAUGGCGAACCGAAUUCUACCCGCUCAUCGGAUGAAGCCAAGGAAAGUGAUUUGAAGACACCCCUAUCGUGUAAGAGUAAGAAACGUGGCAUGAAAUUGAGACGACGUCGGCGUAAGAUUGCUCAAUCGGACGAUAGUUCCUGUUAUGAUACUGAGUCCGAUAUGGAUACGGAUUUCUCCACGGACGAGGAGGAUUACACUGAUUUGAGCUCAAAUUUCGACACGGACUUUAGCGAUAUCGAAGCUGCCGAGCCGGAACCAGAAGCAGAGCCUGAACGUGGUGUGGAAGAAGAAGCAAACACCAAACACAAGCAUAAUAAUUUGUGUCAUAGCUCCCGUCAUGGCUCCAAGGAAAGUGUCUACACCAAUGGCAGCGCUGGUCCCAACUUUUCUGACAAUGAAGACAUUGUUAUUGAGGAAGAAAAUAUAAUCUACCCAGAUCAGGAACAAGAAAAGUUAGCACACUUAACUGCUACAUCGGCUGCUCGUACUAGCUCCCAAGACAUUGAUUCCGAAGAACUAUUGAAAAGUUUUGAAAUACUCCAAUUGAAUUCAAACAAUGCUGUAUUGAAUUUUACAAAUUGUGAUCAACACGAUGAUACUCCCAAAAAUUACUCAGGCAAUCCGAAACCCAAUGAAGAAACUAAAAACACCGAAGAGCCUCCCAAGAAAAUGGUCUAUCGUAAUAAGUACACUAAAAUUAAUCCCAAUAUUGUGGUAGAUUUUGCCCGCAAUGAGCCAACCAUACGCGCUUUGAAAAUACUCUUCGAUUGGUUGCGUAUUAAUCAUGAAAUUCUAUUCGGUUGUUAUCAUUCGAAUCCCGAGUUUAUACAUAAAAUUAUGAAAUUGUUAAAUUAUUGUAAUAUUGAUAUAUUCACACGUAAAGUGUUCUUUGAAAGAGAGUUCCUUACCACGCCCAAUGUGCGUCAAUCAUUGUGUGAUCUGUUUGAUGUUAGAGCAAAUGUGCCGUUAUCUGAAGAUUUCGUUUUUAAGAGUUUCGACAUUUUCCAAUCGACGCAAAUAACGCUGGAUUGGGAAACAACCAUACGCGAAAAAGUCACAACCGAAGAGGAGUGUAUAUUGCGCAUUUUUAAAAUGGUCGAUUUCGGUUUCUUUAUAUGCAAACAAAAGAAGUUCAAUUAUCGCUUCUGUGUAAAGGCUCGACGUUUUACCGAGAAUACGAAAAAGAAACGUGAAGAGAAGAAGUCAUCAUCACGUCGCCGCGAAAGACGUACCGCCAAGAAUGCUGCACGUAAACGUACCGAAGGUCGUACCCGACGUUAUUCGGAUCGUAAGAAUGGUAUUGUACGUAAAAGUUAUACCAGCAAUGAGGAGAAAGACACUGUGGAGGAGUGCAAACGUAUGCCACGUAAGGGAUAUUUACGCAAUCGUAAUACUGAGAAAUCGAACAGCAAUAAUGCUACGGCUGGUGGUGGAGGUACCUCGGCAUCGACUACCACAAAUAGUGCAAUUUGUGAAAAGAUUCAAUCGAGCAGUGGCGCUGAUGAGGAACGCUCCGAAGCCAUGUCUAAAAAAUGUGAAAUUAUGGGAAAGUUAUGGCUUAAGAAUGAAGUUGAAACUUUGGAAGAAGAGCUGCGCAAAAAUCCCAUUAACAUGAUAAUGACUCCGUUUUUGGUGGUAGAUGCAAAGGCCUUGACUGAAUACAAUGGCAUCGUUAAGAAUUUGGUUAAAAGCAAGAAAUUUAUUGUGCUUAUUCCCAAUGCUGUUUUUAACGAAUUGGAUGACUUAAAGAAACGCAGUGAAAAUGCUCGUAAUGUCAUACGCUGGUUGGAGCAAGAAUUCAAACAUGGCAAUCGUCAUAUGCGUGCCCAGAGGGAUAAUGAAAACCUGACACUGUCUUUGAUUAAAAUACCAAGAAAAUUGGAUCGCGAUGGCUCUGUAUUUUUACAAAUUGCCCAAUUCUGUAAUCAUUUGGUGGCCAAUCACUCCGAUCCCAAUGCCACAGAAUUCCAAUCGAAUGUGGUUACCUAUCUAUCGGGCGAUUACUUGCAUGAGAAGCAACGUAAUCAAAACAAUUUCAGUUUUACUGGAAUUUUGGAUUCGAUACCAGUGCGUCAUGAUCAAAUUGCAAAUUUCUAUGCGAAAUUUAAGGCCAACAAAAAAUGAAUUCAAUUAACGACGCAGGAUUAACACCUGCAUGGAAGAAAUGCGCCGUUGUCGUCUUCGUCGUCGCCCUAUAGCUGUCGUAUCGAGUAUAACAUACAACACAACAACAAAAACAAAUGUCAAAUGAACGUUUAUGAAAAUGUGGGAAUAACGUCUAUCCCCAAAUCAGCAAACAACAACAACAAAAUUAUCAAUCCACAAAAACCUAAAAAAGUCGUCUAAAAACCAACAAACAACAUCAAAAACAACAACAAUACCACCAUGCAAAACAUAAAUAGAAUCGGUAAUGGGCUUUAAACAGCAACAAACAACAACCAACAACAGCCAUACAUAACCCUUGUCGAUUUUAUAAUACAAUUAUGUACCAUGUAAGCUGCUGCUAUAGCUUAGCUUGAUUUCAAACAAUGGAAAAUUCUUAAGGAUUUCACAUCUGUUGAGGAUUUUUAAGUUUGUACAGCCGAGGGAAUGUAGCAGAUGCCUAAAAAAGAAGAACUUGAAUUUUGCGUCGUUCCAAAAAAAAAGCAAAAAUAUCCAAAUUUUUGCCAAAAAGUUUUAAAAUUUCCAGCUAAACAAUUUUAAUUUACUAAGCCAAGUUAUGGGUAUGUGUUUUUGGAGAAAAGAAAAAAAAUCAUUAUCACAAUUGAACCACCAGUAGACUUUUCUCAUUGCAAAACAGAAAUGGAUGGAUUAUAAUUGGUUUGUUUUAACUUGCUUAAAAUUUUCCAUUUUAAACAAGUUAAAAAUGAAAACCUACCGGUUUCGUUCCAUACAUUAUUAAUACAACAAAUAAUAGAAACUCCUUAGACAUAUUCCAUAACUUGAGUUUUGUUAAACGGGUAAAUUUGAAUAACAACAAAAAAUGGAUAUGUUUUUAGACACCCAAGCUUAAGAUACAUGGAAGUUCUGCUAAAAACAUAAAACUUGCCUGCUAAAACAAAAUAUCUGGUGAAGAAAGCAUAAAACGUGUUCGAGUGAAGCGCAAAAAAUCAACCAAAUAAUUUAGAGGGAUUCCUUUGAAUUUGAGAAGCAGAACUGUUUUAGGCUUUCACCAACACCACCAGUGUAAAUCCAGUCAGGUUUAAAGCCGAACGUACAACAUUGUUGACGUACGGCUUCUUUUGGAGUUUCAUUGUUUAUAUUUUUUGUAUAUCAAAUUAAAGGAAACUUACCGAUAUUUCUAACGCAAAGCAAGUAGUAGUUAUUGUAAACCAGCAAAAAGGGGAAAUAGAAGAUAUAAAAAAUACAUAUAUUCUUAGCAGAAAAAAAUGAUAACUUUUACUUCUCAACAACAAUAGCAACGUUUAUUUGUAAAAACAAUCAAUUUUCAUUGAAAUUCACUUCAUAGUAGUACUAGCAGUAGUAUGUUUAGCUUCAAUAGUUUCUUUUAGCACACCAUUAUUUUGCUCUCUUUAAAUGUCCUUCAACAAUUUCGCAGUGCAUUGUGCACCAUAUUCAAAUGAAAUUCAAGAUGUUUCAAUAUAGUUUUUUGGAUAUUUUAUCUUUUUUUUUUAAUAAAUAAAUUUAAAUUUCAAAAUUAUUACACUUUUCAAAUCACCUAACUAAUUUCCAACUACCAUUCAAUUAAUAUCAAUUUUUGCUUUCAAAAAAUAUCUAUUUUUUAAAUUUUACAUUUUUUAAAUUUAUCGUUUAGUUUCAAAUUAAUUUUUAAUCAAUUUUUUCUCUUAGUUUUUAAUAAAAAAUAUCUUGAAUUACAUUUGAAAAUGGUGCAGUGUUUAUUUUUAACAAAAUUUUCAAAAUUUUAUAUUUAAUGUCCUAGUUUUUCCAUCAGCCACACUCAAAAAAAGUUUUCUAUUUUCCCUUAUUAUUUUAUCUUAAAUUAAUAAAUAACACAUUAUUCUUUUUUUUUUUCAAUUUGUAAUAAUUUUUAUUAAUAAAUAUAUUCAUAUUUUAAAUAUUAUUAAUUAUUAAUCUAUUAUAUUACAGAACAAAUAUUAUUUAAAACCCAUAACCCCAAUCAGCAAUAUAACACGACAAUAUGUAUUGACAUAACAAAAUAUAAUUUGAAAACAAUUAAUUUACAAGACUCUCCCCCAAACAAUAAUGAAUAGUUUCAUCAUAUUUAUGUUUUAUUAAACACUAAUACGGACUUUGGGCAGAAUUCAUACUUAAAAGAUAGAAUAUACAUAUAUUGAAUACUAAUGGAGGAAUGCCGGAGAACGCUUUAGAGUUUGAGAAUUUUUUUAAUCGGCCCAAUUACGGUUGUCGUUUCUAUAGUCGUCGUCGACGUUAUGUGCAAGUCGCCCUCGCCGUCGCUUCGAUUAAAAAAUGGUUUUACGGUAAGACAUAGAAGCGACAUCGGCAGUUUAAAAUAAAAUUUGAUAACAACUUAAAAAAAGUUGGCAACACUCCCUUGUUAUUGACAAAAAAUAUAAAACGUUGUUUGUGGAAUUAUAUUUAUAUUUUCCGGGAAUCAAAAUACCUACCUCUGGAAAUUUUUUUGAAAAAAUCGAAGAGUUUUUGCUAGCAAAAAUGACUUCAAUAUUUCCAAGUUAUUUUGCUGUUCUUAUUUUUUUAUGGUCAAAUAUCAAAUACAAAAUGUUAAACUAUUAACGUCGAUUAAAAAAUAAAAUGUCGUCACAAUUUUUUAUGGCGACAGAUAUUCUCUAAAAACGACUUCACGUCGACUGUUGUAUCGACAAUGAUAAUAGCAAUCAUUCAUCGCUAUCGACAAAAAAAGACAAUCCUAAUACCGUUAUUGUCGCCUCGAUUUCAUUUUGCGACGACAACGGUCAUAGGGCCGAUUGUAUCUUUAUGCAGUUGGCUCUCAGCACCCUUGGGCAUAGUCAACAUGCUAAAUGAGCCAGCCGUCCUACUCGAUUUGCAAAACACAUUUCAUCAUUUUAAUGAAUUGCACCGGAUGGAUGACAUAUUUUUCAUUCUCAGCAUGUCAUGUACAACUACAUUUUACUAUGGAACAGUUUUCAACUGACAAAUAUGCUAACGUUUUUUUGAUAUUUUUAACAUUUUAUGUUUGAGUAACUUCAAUAUUUUUACUCACAUACCUGAAACAUCAGCUGAAUCAAAUUUUUUUGCUGAUAAGCGGUAAGAGGUCUUUCCAUAGCCCAUCUAUUCAUUAGUCUAUGCAAUAACUUCAAUUCAGUAUAGUCUCUCAUUAACCAAAUUUGAAAAUUCCAUAAGCUAUUAAGCACCUAAUUGGCUUGAUUUUAGAUGUAAUCCUUAAAAUCGUCAAGCAUUGUGUUCUCUCAAUCUCCCUUUCUCAUGACUAAGGAGCGUUUAAACAUUCAAUGUAUUUUUUAUCUUUUAAGUAUGAAAUCUGCCCAACUAUUCAAUAUUAACAUUUUUAAUAUUCAUUUUAAAAAUCUUAGUUUUAUAAAUACUCAAGAUAUUUAAAUAUUCAUCAGUCAAG